CUGGGUCGGAGCAGACGCGCAUCGGCCAGCUUGGAAGUUAGAGAGAGAGCAUCUGGAGAAUCAUUCCAACAUGGAGGCCAGACAGGGCCUUCUGCUCAGUCUCAUCAUGGCAGCAUGUUUCUAUGGCAACACUGCUCAGACAACAGUCUGCACAGAAGAGGCCAUAGCAGACAUUGUCUUCAUGGUGGAUGGGUCAUGGAGCAUCGGCGCUGAGAACUUUGAACAGAUCCGUCAGUUCCUGAACACUCUGGUCAACAGCUUCAACGUGGGGCCUGAAUAUGUACGCAUUGGCCUGGUCCAGUACAGCACCACACCACGUACUGAGUUCCUGCUCAAGACCUACCAGAAAAAAGAGGACAUCCUCCAGUACAUCAGCACCCUGCCUUACAAAGGUGGUGGAACCAAAACCGGGCUGGGUUUGGACUUCAUGCUGAUGGAACAUUUUGUGAACACAGCCGGUAGCCGGACCAACAGUAACGUGCUGCAGAUUGCUGUGGUGAUCACCGAUGGGAAGUCACAGGAUAACGUGGAGGCCCAUGCUCAGCAGCUGAAGAGGAGGGGCAUUGUUUUGUAUGCCAUUGGUAUCAAAGACGCGGAUGAAAACCAGUUAAGGGAGAUCGCAAGUGAACCACAUAACAAGCAUGUCUACAGUGUGUCCGACUUCACAGCACUUCAAGGAAUCUCACAGAGCAUCGUCCAGACGCUUUGCACAACUGUGGAGGAGGCCAAAAGACCAGUGUCCAUCAUGGUGCCAGAGUGCACCAACGCCACGAUAGCUGACAUCGUCUUCCUGGUGGAUGGUUCCUCCAGCAUUGGGAUUGAAAACUUUCAAGAAGUCCGUCAGUUUCUCAAGAGCUUAAUCAGAGGCCUUGACAUUGGUGAGGACAAAGUCCGUGUGGGCCUGGCACAAUACAGCGAUGAGCCCCACCAGGAGUUCCUCCUCAAGGAUCACAUGGACAAAAUGUCCCUGCUGGAGCAGGUGGACAAUCUGACCUACCGCUUGGGUGGCACAGCAACUGGUAAGGCUAUCAGCUUCCUCCAGACAAAGUACUUCACCAAGGAGGCCGGAAGCCGUGCUGACCAGCGGGUGCCCCAGAUCGCUGUGGUGAUUACAGAUGGGGCUUCUUCAGAUGAUAUGGUGGUAGCCGCCCAGCUCUUAAGAGAGCAGGGAGUCCUUGUGUUUGCCAUCGGUGUGGGAGCAGUCAACAUGAAAGAGCUCCAGGUGAUUGCUAACCGUCCACACGAACGUUUCUUUUUCAGCAUCGAGAGCUACCAGGCUCUUCAGAGGCUGACCGAGGGGCUGCUGCAGACGGUGUGCAUCUCUAUGGAGGAUCAGAGAAAAGCCCUGGACCAGAGGUUUUCAGACAUCUUCUUCCUGAUUGACAGCAGCAUGUCGCAGGCAGACUUCCAACAAACCAGGAACCUCUAUUUACGGCUGGGUAACCAACUAGACAUAGGAGCUUCUGCCCAUCGUGUGGGGUUCGCUCAGUUUGGUCAGGAUGUUAGGGUUGAAUUCUUCCUCAACAAACACAAAACCAAAGAGGAUACUUUGGCUAGUAUGCGACGAUUCCGCCUGCGCAGCAUGAGGCCUAAAGAACCACGUAACCUGGGCAAAGCAUUGGAAUAUGCCAGAACCAACUUUUUCACCAGUGCAGCUGGCAGCCGUGAAGACCAGGGUUUCAGGCAGUUCCUGGUUGUCGUGACUGGAGGCAACUCGGAUGAUGUCAUUUUCAAAGAGUCUGGUUUGAUCAAGGCUGACGGAGUGACUGUGGUGGGGGUAGGCCUUGGCUCUGCAACACUAACAGAGAUGAAGAUGGUGGCCACUUUUCCAUACAUUUACCAGACGACCAACAUUGUACCUUCUUUGAAGGCUGCAUUUGAGACUCAGGUAGAGGUAACCACUGUGAGUGCAGAUUGCAAAACAGCCAAACUAGCAGACAUUGUGUUCAUCGUUGAUGAGUCGGAAAGUAUCAGAACACCCAACUUUCAGCUGGUUCGCAGUUUCAUACACAAGAUUGUGGAAGGCCUGGACGUUGAUCCAAAAAGAGUCCGGGUAGGCAUCGUCAUGUAUAGUGACACACCCACCGCACAGGUCUACCUGGACAGCUUUAACGACAAGAAUGAGAUCCUUCAGUUCAUCAAGAUUCUGCCUUACCAUGGAGGCGGUACCAAUACUGGUUCUGCCCUAAAGUUUGCUCGUGAGAAGGUCUUUGUGAAGGAAAGAGGCGGCAGGCAAAGUCAAGGUGUCCAGCAGGUAGCAGUGGUGAUAACAGAUGGGCAAUCCCAGGAUGAUGUGAGCGAAGAGGCAGCUAACCUCCGUCGGUCUGGUGUCACUGUUUAUGCUGUGGGGAUCAAAAAUGCCAACAAGAUGGAGCUGCUCCAAAUGGCAUCUCAUCCACCCAACAAGCACAUGUUUGUCGUGGACAGUUUUGUCAAGCUGAAAACCCUGAAGCAGAGCCUGCAGAAGAGCUUGUGCCUUAACAUCGUUCGCCAGGCAGUCACAGUCAAUACGAGGAGGGAGAGCAUCAAAGAAGGCUGCAAGCAUACAGAAGAGGCAGACAUUUUCUUCCUGAUUGACCACUCAGGAAGCAUUUACCCAAACGAUUUCAAUGACAUGAAGAAGUUCAUCAUUGAGUUCCUCCAUAAUUUCCAUAUUGGGCCAAAACACAUCCGUGUAGGUGUUGCCAAGUAUGCAGAUUUCCCAAACCUGGAAUUUGACCUGACUACCUAUGCAGACACCGCUUCAUUGGAGAAAGCUGUGGAGGAUAUUAAACAAAUAGGAGGUGGGACCCAGACAGGAGCAGCUCUGUCAUUCAUGGCUCCUAACUUUGAAAAGGCAAUGGCAACUCGUGGUCACAAAGUCCAAGAGUACCUGGUGGUCAUCACUGAUGGGAAAUCCUCAGAUGAUGUCAAAGCUCCAGCAGAAAUGCUGAGAGCACAGGGCAUCACUAUCUAUGCCAUCGGAGUGAAAAACGCAGAUAAAACUCAGCUUCAAGAAAUUGCAGGCAGCCAUACGAAGACCUUCUUUGUCAAUGACUUUGAUGCCCUAAAGCCCAUCAAGGACGACAUCCUCACUGAUAUCUGUUCUACUGAUGCCUGUAAAGACAUUCCAGGCGACCUCCUCUUCCUAAUUGAUAGCUCUGGCAGCAUCGAAAACGAGGAUUUCCAGAAAAUGAAAGACUUCAUGAAAUCUGUCAUCAGCAAGUCCGUCAUUGGGCAGGAUCAGGUGCAUGUUGGAGUUAUGCAGUUCAGCACCAGCCGGAGACUGGAAUUCUCUCUUAACCGAUUCUAUGACAAAAGUGAAAUGUCGAAAGCCAUAGAUGACAUGCAGCAGAUUGGGGGAGGCACACACACAGGCGAAGCCAUUUCUGACAUCUCACAAUAUUUUGAUGCGCUCAAUGGUGGGCGUCCUGGCCUCAGGCAAAACCUCAUAGUAGUAACAGAUGGUGAGGCCACGGAUGACGUCAAGGGCCCCGCUGAAGCUCUGAGGGCCAAGAAGGUCAUAAUCUACGCUGUUGGUGUGAUGAAUGCUAACACCACCCAGCUUUUAGAGAUCAGCGGCAGACAGGACAGGGUCUUUUCAGAGACGGACUUUGAUGGCCUGAAGGACCUCGAGAGCCAAUUGGCCUUGGAAAUCUGUGACCCUGACAGAGAGUGUAAGAAGACAGAGGUGGCUGACAUUAUUUUCCUGGUGGACGGCUCCACAAGCAUAACCGAGCGUAAAUUCAGGAGCAUGCUGAAGUUUAUGGAGUCCAUGGUAAACCAAACCACGGUCGGUGAGAAGCUGACACGCUUCGGGGUCAUCCUGUACUCUGACGACCCCAGCUCCAUAUUCACUCUCAAACAGCACUACACCAAAAGGGAAGUUCUUAAAGCCAUACAAGCACUGGAAUCCCCCACUGGGAACACGUACACAAGCAAGGCACUGGCAUAUUCAUUACAGUUCUUUGAUGCUGCACAUGGCGGCCGUGGAGCCUUCCAGGUGCCUCAGAUUCUGAUGGUGAUAACUGACGGUGACGCCACAGAUCGAUAUGACCUGGAGAAGCCAUCCUUGGCACUCAAGGAUAAUAGAGUCAAGGUUUUUAGCAUCGGAGUGGAAGGAGCCAAUAGGACUCAACUAGAGACAAUGGCAUGUGGAGACACAUCCAGGGUUUUCUAUGUGGACAAAUUUGAUGCCCUGGACACUCUGUACAAAAACAUUACUCAUGUCCUCUGCAACAACACCAAGCCAGCUUGUGAGAAACAGGAGGCCGACCUGGUCAUGUUAAUUGACCAGUCUGGCAGCAUACAGUCAGCUGACUACACCAUCAUGAAGAAGUUCAUGACGGAGCUGGUGAGCAGCUUCAACGUCAGCCAGGACUUAGUGCGGGUUGGAGUUGCCCAGUUCAGCAGCACUCCCCAGAAGGAGUUCUACCUCGAUGAAUUCUCUACCGAGGCGGAGGUGAAUGAGCACAUCCUCGCCAUGACACAGCUGCGUGGAGGCACCAACAUUGGACAGGCCCUGGAUUUCAUUCGGCGCUAUUUCCAGGCGUCCCAUGGUAGCAGGAUCUCUGCUGGGGUCUCGCAGAACCUUGUACUAAUCACAGACGGCGACUCACAAGACAAGGUGGAAGAUGCUGCCAUCAGUCUCGCAGCUCUGGGGAUCGAGGUGUUUGCUGUUGGCAUAGGAAAUGUUCAUGAUUUGGAGCUGCUGCAGAUCACUGGCACCCCGGAGAGACUGUUCACUGUGCAGAAUUUUGGCUCCUUAACAAACAUCAAGCAGAAGGUUGUGGAUACCAUUUGCAAGUCCAAACCAAUUGAAUCCAGUGAUAAUCCAGAGUGCAGUGUUGAUAUUGCCAUGGGCUUCGAUAUUUCUCAGAGGACUAGGACUGAGCUGGUCAGUGGCCAGUUGAAGCUCCAGACCUUCCUGCCAGAGAUAGCCCGCUACGUGUCCAACCUGCAGGGUCUAUGCUGCGUGGCACCUGGCCCGGUCAAACCCAACAUGGCAUACCGAGUGGUGGCUCAUGAUGGCCGGACACUGUAUGACUUCAAAUUUGAAGGCUACAGUGAGAGGGUGGUCAGGAACGUCAUGGCCCUGCAGAUAUCAGAACCCACCUACUUUAACACUGCUCUGCUGCAUUCCUUCAGAGACAAGUUCAAGGCAGAAUCCACCGCUGCCGUUAAGGUUCUUGUGAUCUUCUCAGAUGGACUUGAUGAAGAUGUGGUGAAUCUGGAGCGAGAGUCAGAAGUUCUUCGUGAAUCUGGCAUCAGUGCUCUGCUUAUUGUGGCCCUGGAAAGCGUGCGUGACUCCAGCCUGCUCCAGAUGGUUGAAUUUGGUCGUGGCUUUGGUUACAAGCUUCCUCUGAGCAUUGGGAUGCAGAGCAUAGGCAGCACAAUGCUGAAACAGAUUGACACGGUGGCAGAUAGGAAGUGCUGUAGCGUCAUGUGUAAGUGCUCUGGACAUGAAGGAAUACGUGGUUCUCGUGGUCCCCCGGGAUUAAAGGGUCUGCCUGGACCCAACGGUCAUCCUGGUUUCCCUGGAGAGGAAGGUGUCGCUGGAGACAGAGGUCCUCCUGGACUCGCAGGGCCCCAAGGCAUCCAAGGCUGCCCAGGCAUCAGAGGACAGAAGGGGUACCGAGGCCACAGAGGGAACAGGGGAGAAGAAGGAGAACAUGGGCUGGAUGGAGUCAACGGUGAACAGGGUGUACCAGGACUGAGUGGAGCCGCAGGAGAGAGAGGGGACACAGGGAAUCCAGGCAUUGGAGGAAUCAAGGGAGAGCCGGGCCUUAAAGGCCAGCGAGGACUAAGAGGAGACCCUGGAGAGCCAGGCUUGGACAACACCGUGCAGGGACCCAAAGGACAGACAGGAAAUCAAGGCCUCCCGGGAGAUGCAGGAGAGGAUGGUCUUCCUGGUGAGGAUGGGAUCAAUGGAAACCCGGGACCUCAAGGCAGGAGAGGACCACCUGGCCUAGAGGGGACAAAUGGAGAGCCAGGUAUUCCAGGACUUCGUGGUAACCCAGGCCCCUCGGGGCCCCAGGGAGAAAGGGGUGUGAGAGGUCAGCCAGGAUCAAGAGGUGUCAUCGGUCUUCCUGGACCUCAGGGAGCUCCUGGACUGGCAGGAAGUAAAGGAUCAACUGGUCAUCGUGGCAGCAUAGGACAGAAGGGACAACCAGGUGAACCAGGAAUCAAGGGGGAGCCAGGGUCCAGGGGUCCAAGGGGACUGCCGGGUCAGGAUGGCAGAGACGGCUAUGGUCCCCCUGGGUCAGUGGGUGUAAAAGGGGAGCUUGGAUUUCCUGGCUACCCGGGUGUUCCGGGUGAAAGUGGCUUCCAAGGGUCCGAAGGAGGACCUGGCCCCAAAGGCAACAGAGGCAGAGGGGGAAAUUCUGGGAGACCAGGAGAAACAGGAACAGCUGGAGACUUAGGACCACCAGGACACAAGGGUCUCAAAGGACCUCCUGGUAUCAGAGGGAUGUCUGAAUGCCAGUUAAUAACCUACAUCAGAGAUAAUUGUGGAUGCUCCCGAGGCCGAGCAGAAUGCCCUGCAUACCCCACUGAGCUGGUCUUUGUCCUGGACAUGUCAGAGGAUGUGACCCCUGCUGCAUUCGAGAGGAUGCGCUCCGCCCUCCUGUCUCUGCUGGAGGAGAUUUCCAUUGCCGAGAGCAAUUGCCCGACAGGUGCGCGUGUCGCUGUGAUGGGCUACAGUACCUACACCAAGUACCUUAUCCGUUUCCAAGACUACCACCGCAAGAGGCAGCUGAUCGAAGCGGUUCAGAACAUCGCUCUGGAGCGAACAGCAAACCAGCGCUACUUCGGUGCGGCCAUGCGCUACGUGGGCCAAAACGUCUUCAAGCGUGUUCGUAAGGGACUGAGGAUGAGAAAGGUGGCCAUCCUCUUCUCCAACGGGCCAGCCCAAGACCCCUCUGACAUCAUUACUGCCGUAAUGGAAUAUCAAGCGCUUAACAUCAUGCCAGUGGUUGUUGCACUACGUAACACUCCAAACAUUCGUCAGGCCUUUGAGGCUGAUGACACAGGCCGCUCCAUCUUCACGUUGCUCCGGAGAUCCCAAGAUCUGGCUACUGACCUGAGGAAUGUCAGAAAAUGUGCCAUCUGCUAUGACCCCUGCAGGCCCAGAGAGGAGUGUGCCAACGUGAAGGAGGUCCCGGGCCCCCAAAACAUUGAUAUGGACCUCGUUUUGGUGGUGGACGGCUCCAGGGAGGUUCAGGGUGACCAGUACUCUGGCAUCCAGCAGCUGCUGGGCUCUGUAUUGGAGCAGCUGGCUGUGAGCCCUCAACCUAACCGAGCUGAUAGGCAAACUAGGGUGGCCCUGGUCCAGCAGAGUGGAUCACUCUACUCCCAGGCAUCGCAGUCUGCAAGGGCUGCCAAGCUGGAGUUUGGUCUUCAAGUGUACCAAGAUCAGAGUCUGAUGAAGAGACAUGUUGUCCAGAGCAUGCAACAGCAGGGAGGCUCCUCAGCACUGGGACAUACUCUGGAUUACGCCUUCAGAGGGUUGCUUCUGAAAGCCAGCAGGCCCAGGGAGAGGAAGGUGAUUCUGGCUGUGGUGGGGGCUGAGACAGCCUACUGGGACCAGGCCAAGCUACACCACAUCUCCCAGCAAGCCAAGUGCCAGGGGGUGGCACUCUUCGUGGUGACUGUAGGUGAUCACUACAACCGUACACAGGUGGAGGAACUGGCUAGUCUUCCUGUGGAGCAGCAUCUGAUCCAUGUGGGCCGACUCAGGGCUGAGGAACAGGGCUAUGCACAGAGAUUCUUCAGAACUUUCCUCUCCGUUCUCAACAGGGGAAUGAAUGCUUACCCUCCAGCAUCUCUCAGACGUACCUGCAACACACUGGAGGACCAGAAGAGGGAGGAGGUGUUGGUAGAAGGCCAGGGGGAGCCGCAGGAGGAGGAGCUUAGAGAAGAGGGACAGGAGGAGUUUCAGGAGCAGACAGGAGAACAAACCCAGACAGACCUGGGCCAGUUGGACCUAAUCCAGACAUUGUCCAGAGGUGAUGGGGAGACCUUCCCAGCUCGACCCAAUCUCAGAGCCCCGUGUCAGCUGCAUGUGGACUCGGGCAGCCUGUGCAGCGACUUUGUCCAACGAUGGUUCUUUGACAAAGCCAUCAGUGCAUGCUCACCCUUCUGGUAUGGAGGUUGCGAUGGUAAUGCCAAUCGCUUUAACACGGAAAAUGAAUGCCUCCAGACAUGUGUCGGCUCUAAGCCAACGGCCGUGCUGACAACAGAACAAACCAACGUUCUCACCAAGGAUGCCUGUUUGCUGAGGCAGGACCCCGGCGGCUGUCAAAACUACACCAUGAAGUGGUUCUUUGACACAGAACAGCGUGAAUGCUCUCGCUUCUGGUAUGGCGGCUGCGAGGGGAACAACAACCGCUUUGAGACGCAGGACGAGUGCGAGAUUGUCUGUCUGAGCACGAGGCGAUGAGAAGAGGCCCCGCAGGUUCCGAGGCCUGGACCACCUGGAGACUGAUUCAUCAGAUCAGCCUCUCUGCUUGUGAGCCUCCCACAUAUCCCAGGCUGCCAUGCAGACAAUAUGUUAACAAGAAAACGAGGUACUUCAGAAAAACAACCAACUGUUGAAAACUGUUUCUGCCCUCUGUUGCACCUGACCCAAGUCAUCAAGGACACGGCAGCCUCUAGACAGAGACCACUUUCACCAGCUUUCCUGCAGAUUUAAUUGGGAUUAAUGGUAUGGAGCUAAUCAAUUCAGCCAGGGGCCAGAUGCUUAGAAAUUCACCAAGGUUCUACUACUACUUUUUUUUUUUUGUUAUGUUUAUGUUUUCAGUCUGCAGGGGUGGGGUUAUAAGGACAUGGGACAGAUCUCAGUGGAUAAGUGUAUGUUUUUCCCUUGCAUUUGUGUAGUCUCACAUUUAGUCCACAAAGAGAAACACAUCCCUGAUUCCUCAGGAACAAAGCUCACUUCUGCUUCAGAGCCUGAACAGGAAGUCCUCGUUUCCUGUUUGACAAUGUGGAAUCACUUCAGCGUCUCUGUUGUAGAAAACCCAACAAUGGUGCUUAAUGGGCAAAUUAAAAACAAGCAACUGAAUAAAAAAUACCCUGUGG